CGUCUACAUCCUCCCCUGGUGUAACACGCAUUAGAGACCUGCCUUGAUAGAUAUUUACUUUAUUGUUGCUGUUCUAUACUUAUACGCAAAAUAACCCAACAUAUUUAUAUGUGCUGUUACUUUGAUUGUGUAUAGCAAAACCAAACCAACUGCAAAAGUACAAUUUGUGCAAAGUAGAAGUCCCUGCGUUGUGUUGAGUUAACGUUAGUCACGUGGAGCAAUGAAAAUCAUGAAGAGACCGAACAUACUUCUGACAGGUACCCCAGGAGUGGGAAAGACCACCUUGGGAAAGGAGUUGGCUCAGCGCAUGGGGCUCAGCUACGUAAACGUGGGAGACCUCGCUCGGGAAGGGCAGCUGUUUGAUGGCUUUGAUGCAGAAUACCAGUGUCCUAUCUUGGACGAGGACAGGGUUGUUGACGAGCUGGAGGACAGGAUGGGAGACGGAGGGAUGAUCGUGGAUUACCACGGCUGCGACUUCUUCCCCGAGCGCUGGUUCCACAUCGUGUUUGUGCUGAGAACGGACAACACCGUCCUCUACAACCGCCUCGAGAGCAGGGGAUACGCUGGUAAAAAGCUGCAGGAUAAUGUCCAGUGUGAGAUCUUCCAGACCAUCUUCGAGGAGGCCAUGGAAGCUUAUAGGGAGGAGAUUGUCCACCAGUUGCCUAGCAACGACCCCGAGGACCUGGAGCGCAACCUGGAGCAGAUAGUGCAGUGGACGGAACAAUGGAUGAAGGACAAUAACUAAACGCCUGUUUACUAACACACACACACACACACACACCCACACACACACACACACACACACACAUACACAUGCAGAGAGAACACACACCCAUGCACACAGCUGUGUCUCGACACUCAGCUGCUCAGACACGGGUUGAUAUGUCACUGGGAGGGAGAAGCUACCAUAAUCUCAGAGAUACAAGACAAUCCUAUAGAAAGUGGUAGUGCUUUGCAUGUCAAUUAGCACUUGCGCUAUGUAGACUAAUUCCAAUGCAGUUUUGAUGGAGAUACUGAGUUAUUGUAUUAAUUGAACAGACUCAUACUUCAAGACUCUACGGUCUGCUUUGAUAGAUGCCUCGGUUUUGAACUUUGCUAGAGGCCAAAGAUUGGCCUUGCGCUUUAGUCAGCUUGCUUCCUCUACUGAUGUGAGUGUAGUUAGCCAGUAUUACAUUUGUCCACUCUGAUUCCCAUUGAUAUAAACAUAAUGGUACAAUGGUUUGAUAUUGAUAUGCACAGCAUUCCAGAGUUAAUCUGUUACUUAAAAAGGGUUUAAAAAUAAUCUCUUUAGAGUGUGUUAACAGACAAAUAAAAUGAUGGUAACUGAUGUGCAUAGCAGUAGGAAUAGAUUGCAAUGACUCAAUGGCCCCGUAUAUUGUGCCUUGUCCUUUCGGAACUUGUGGUAAUUAUUUCCCCUUUCUUGAUUCUAGAAAUAAAGGGACUCACACUUUUUUACAAAGGACAGGUGGAGCUCUUGCAAGCAAUACAAUACAAUACAAACUGCAAAUGUAUUUUAUAAAUUGUACAGCAUGGUGUUAAGAAUGUUCCUGUUUUUCUCUAUAGAGUGAGAGCAUUUGGCAUUUCCAGCUAGCUGAAGCACUUGUUUUUGAAUCAGUCUUGCCCUCUUGAUUGUUUGUGAGCAGGUUACCCGUUGUUACCAGUGGGAAAUGCCUGUCCCCAUUCUGACAGGCAGUUCUGUGCUACACUGGCUUGUAGUGUGGGUCACAUUCAGAACAUGGGUGCAGUGCAGGUACUUGGGCUGUAUUAUGUGCUCGUAUGAAUCACAUUGUGAUGAUGCAUAGUGCAAUGGUAGAUUCCAAAUUGGGCUGUAAAAGGAAAAAAAAAAGAAACAUUUGGUUGCUUUAUAUGUCUCUAAAAAUGGAACAUAAUGUUAUAAAGGAAAAAACCCACAUAUACAACACAUAAUUUUGUGUCUUGGGUUAUACUCCAUUUUUGUUUACUUUAAUAAUGUUAUAUCCAAGUCACUUCAUUCGACUGUAAUGUUUGUGUUGUAUGUUGACUGCUAUUGUAUUUCCAUGAAAUACUCCAGGUUUAAAGAGGGACAGUGUCAUUUUUUGUUUUGAUAAGCUUUGUAUUAUUGUUUGUACUUACAUGUACACAUGAUAAUAAAUAAUACAUUUGAAUUCAA